AUGGACGUCUGGGACCAUUCCCGACCUAUAGAUGAUGAGACAAUCAAGAAGACGCCAUCAUUUACCACCUUACCAAUCCGUAUAAAUAAGGAAAACGAUGUCGCGGAUGCAGCCACCAGGAGAGCUCUUCGGGACUGGGACCAUUGUCUGCACGAUGGCCUGGCGCAGAAAGUACAGAUCUCUAUCAGUGACCUCGGGAACCUGGGUGCUUUUGCCUACCCCGAGGUGCCUCCAGAGAGGCUGGCUAUUCUGACCUACUUGACCGACCUAGGGAUGCUGCAUGACGAUGGGUAUGAGGCCAUGGAUAUGGAUCAAGCAAGGACAGAGCAUCGUGAAUUCGGUUCCCUCUUUGACCCCAACGAGCAGUUGCCAUUACGCCGAGGCACCCGUGCUCCCAAGUUAAAGAAGCUAGUCUCGCAAAUAUUACUUGAGGCGAUACGUAUUGACCGCGAUAUGGGUAUGUACAUGUUUGACAUGUAUAACAAAGGAUGGCUGUCCGUUGCAGGUGGGGAGGGCAAAGUGCCUCAGUUCAAGUCCCUGGAGGAAUACCAAGCCUACAGAAGGGAUGAUUUCGGCAUCAGGUAUACACCCACCAAUGUCAAUUGCCCACAUUUGGAUUCAUUAUCAACUAACCUAACUACACCAAUCAGGGCGUUCUGGCCGAUGGUGGAGUUUGGCAUGGCCAUGCAACUGUCCGAUGAAGACAAGAGACUGAUCGAGCCAGUUAUGGAACCCAUUAACAAGGCAAUCAUCUGGACCAACGAUUACUGGAGCUUCGAUCGGGAGUACCAUGAGUCUAUAACGAACGGGAGUCGACUCACGAACGUGGUAGACGUGGUUCGACAGAUCGAGAAUAAGUCGAUAGAUGAGGCGAAAGCCGCGGUUCGCCAGCUACUCGUCGACCUGGAACAGCAAUACCUUGAGCGGAAAAGGGCAAUUUAUGCCCAAAACCCAUCGCUUCCCUCUCAUCUGAGAAAAUGGAUUGAAGUGGUGGGAAUUACCGUGGCUGGUACUCACUUUUGGGCCAGCUGCUCUCCCCGUCACCAUGCCUGGCGCAAGAACUCAGGAAAUGGACUAGAGCUCGCCAACCAUGCGGCAGUCCCAACGCUAACUACCCCCAGCAACAACCACAAUUUGUCCAAUGGGUCUGACGAGCAGAUGCAGGAUUGGGGUAGUGGCACACGUACCCGAAUCUGCCCGAUAGCUGGACAAGAGGUCCUGCAGCCGAAUGCGAAAUUGUCACUGGGUAAACAGGACAGCGGGAAUACCAUGCGGGCUGCAUUAGCACUUCUCGCAAGGGCAGCUGAACAAUGUGAGAGCCUAUUUAAUGGUAUGGAGCACGAGAGAGCUAUGCUACUCCAAUCUGAUGACAAAAAGGCGAGGCUUUCCUGGGAAGAUCGCAGCAAAGGCUCCGAUGAGUUAGACCAUUCGUGGCACAAACCCGCAAGAACAGCCCUCCAAGGACCAAUCCAUUACAUCUGUUCCAUGCCCUCCAAGGGGGUCCGAUCCAGGAUGAUCGAAGCGUUCAAUUACUGGCUGGAGGUGGACGAGACUUCCUUGACCAAAAUCCGGCGGCUGGUCGAUCUCCUCCAUAACGCGUCUCUGAUUCUAGACGACAUCGAAGACAACUCUCCCAAGCGGCGAGGACGGCCAGCCACACACACUAUCUUCGGUCAUUCUCAAGCGAUCAACAGCGCCAAUUUCAUGUUUGUCCAAGCCGUUCAAGUCGCCCGCCAGUUCCGCAACCCCAACGUCGUUGAUAUUCUGCUCGAGGAACUGGAGAACCUUCAUCUGGGACAGAGUUGGGAUCUGGACUGGAAAUACAAGCUCCGAUGCCCGUCACCCUCUGAGUACCUGAAUAUGGUCGACAACAAAACCGGGGGUCUGUUUCGUCUUCUGUUGAGACUCAUGCAGGCCGAAAAGAAAGGUACCACGGAGGUUGAUCUGGACAGGCUCACCGUCCUGUUUGGCCGGUUCUUCCAGAUCCGCGAUGAUUAUAUGAACCUCCGCUCCGGCCUAUACACCGAGCAGAAAGGAUUUUGCGAAGACCUCGACGAGGGCAAAUUUUCGUAUCCAAUCGUCGUGUGUGUUGCGAACGAUGCGCACUUUAGGGACAUAAUCAACGGGGUCUUCCGGCAGCGGCCUACCGCGAUUACCAGUGGAAUGCAGGCGCUGGCCCCCGAAAUAAAACAAUAUGUUGUCGAAUACCUCAGCACCAGUGGAGCAUUCCAACACUGUCAGGAAUUCCUGAUGCAACUGGAAAAUUCGAUCGUGACUGAAAUUGACCGGAUUGAGAAGGUCACAAACGAGGCAAAUCCAAUGCUCCGACUAUUAUUGGAGAAGCUAAGUGUGAAGGAGAAUUAA